UCUUCUAGCCUUAUCAACAGGAAGAGAAAGACUGAAAGAGUGUGUUGCAGAGGGAAAUUGAUUGAGACCAGUAUUAGUAUAUUGCUUGUACUCAUCCACACACACACAUAUAUAUAAUAUAUAUAGAGAGAGAAAGAAAUAGAUACAUACACAGAUCCAUCUUGCUUCAUGCGACAGACAUGGGCAGAUGAUGAUGAGACUGCACGUGUACCCUCCCCAGAUUUCCAUCGCUCCAGCAACAGAGUGUGCAGUCGUUUUUAACCACUUAUUGGCCUCACUUCACCAACCAAAAUGAGUUGAAUCUCAUCUCUUCUCAUCUCCACCCUCACCCAACUUUCUUCCCCUCUCAUCAUCAUCAUCAUUAGCAGGGGGAAAAGAUACAUUUUAGUCAAUUACUGAAAGGGAAAGAGACAGACAGAGAUAGAUGGCUACGUACUUUCAUGGGAAUUCUGAAAUCCAGGCAGGGGGUGACGGCUUGCAGACGCUAAUACUCAUGAACCCAGCCGGGUACGUUGGGUUUUCCGAUGCACCGCAGCAGGGGCAGCCGCCGCCGGGGAGCAACUUCAUCUUCCUCAACUCCAACGCGCCGGGGAGCUCGAUAAGCUUCGCGCACGCGCCGCCGUCGCAGUCGCAGCAGCAGUAUGUCGGCAUACCGCUCGCCACCACGGCCUCCGCGCCGCCCUCGACGACGCAGGAGGUCCACGCGCCGUCGCAUGACAUCACUGCACUCCAUGGGUUCCUGGGUAGGCCGCAGUAUAACCUGUACGCGCCGCCGAUUGAGCUCGCGGCGGCGCGUGACGUGACACGCGCCGCGCAGCAGGGGCUGUCGCUCAGUCUGUCCUCGCAGCAGCCGGGGUUUGGGAAUUUCCGGGCGGAGCGCGAGGUGGGGUCGCAGCAGCUGGUUACGGCCAUAUCGCCGACUGCCGGCGAUGAGGUGAGGGUUUCCGGGGGAUCGCCGUCGUCGGCGUCCGGCGUGUCCAACGGCGUGAAUGGCGUCCAAAGUGUUCUGUUGAGCUCCAAGUUCUUGAAGGCGGCGCAAGAACUUCUUGAAGAGGUUGUGAAUGUUGGCAAGGGAGUAAAGGCUCCUACUGAAUCAUCAAAAGAGGCCAUUUGUCCGGCCAAGAACCCCGGUGACUCCUCCGGCGCCGGCGACGGACAAACCGGAGGUGAGAGCAGCGGCAAACGCGCCACCGAGCUCACCACCGCAGAAAGACAGGAAAUUCAAAUGAAGAAAGCAAAACUUGUUAACAUGCUUGAUGAGGUGGAGCAGAGGUACAGACAGUACCAUCACCAGAUGCAGAUAGUGAUAACAUGGUUUGAGCAGGCUGCAGGGAUUGGUUCAGCCAAGACCUACACAGCUCUGGCAUUGCAGACGAUCUCGAAGCAGUUCAGGUGCCUGAAAGACGCGAUCUUGGGGCAAAUUCGUGCUGCCAGCAAGAGUUUGGGGGAGGAAGACGGGCUGGGAGGGAAGAUCGAGGGCUCGUCGAGGCUCAAAUUUGUGGACAAUCAGCUCAGACAGCAGAGGGCUUUGCAGCAGUUGGGAAUGAUCCAGCACAAUGCUUGGAGACCCCAGAGAGGAUUGCCAGAGCGAUCUGUUUCUGUGCUUCGCGCCUGGCUGUUCGAGCAUUUCCUUCACCCUUACCCCAAGGAUUCAGACAAGAUCAUGCUGGCAAAGCAGACAGGUCUUACUAGGAACCAGGUGUCUAACUGGUUCAUCAAUGCUCGUGUUCGCCUAUGGAAGCCGAUGGUGGAGGAGAUGUAUAUGGAGGAGAUCAAGGAGCAAGAACACAACGGAUCAGAGAACAAAACAGGCAAAGGUGAACCAAAUGAGGAUUCAUCUUCUCACCAGGACAAAAGCCCUGGAGGCUCAGAUCAUCAAGACAAGAGUUUUGCCCAAAACCAGUCCACUACCAUGCCUGGAGGGUUCAAUCUCAUUGUUCCAUCAGAAAUGGAGAGCAUAACUCAGGGCAGCCCGAAGAAACCAAGGAGUGCAGAUAUGCUGCAUUCCCCGAGCAGCGUUCCCUCCAUAAGCAUCGAUACAAAGCCUGCUGAUCCUUCUACAGCUGCAGGAAAUGAACAAGGCUCCAUGAAGUUUAUGAAUGACAGGCAGAACAGAGAAGGGUUCACAUUACUGGGAAACUCAACCAAUUUCAUGGGAGGGUUUGGAUCCUAUCCAAUUGGGGAAAUCGGGAGGUUUAGCACUGAGCAAUUCCCCGGAAUCCCUCCACCAUAUUCUGGCAAUGCUGUCUCCCUCACCCUCGGCCUUCCCCCCUCCGAAAACCUCCCAAUGUCAGCCACACACCACGCAUUCCUCCCCGCCCCAGACAUCCAUAUGGGGAGAGGAGUGGAAAUGGGAGAAGCCAAUGAAUUCGGUGGCAUGACGACCCCAACAUCCGCCCAUCCAACCAGCGUUUACGAGAGCUUCAAUCUCCAAAACCGAAAGAGGUUUGCUGCACCAUUGUUGCCAGACUUUGUAGCCUGACCUGAUCAAACCACAUCUGCUAAGAACAAUCAUCAUAUCAGUAUCAUCUUCUGUUCCCUAGGAAAGGAAGGGGGAUUCUUCAUGUUAGUGUAAAGAGUCAAAAGGCUUUACAUUUAGCACAGGUCUCUAUACUUUUCAGAAGAAGAAGAAGAAGAAGAAGAACCACUAAAGUUCUUAUAGAUAGUUAAUUUAGGGUUUUAGACAAUAUAUGGUUGAGGAUUGUAUAUUAAUUUUUUUUUUUUUGUUUUGGUUGCAGUCUUGCAGAUAGUAUAGUUGGAUUGUAAUAUUGGAUGUGGAAAAACUAGUUAUUGGGGUGGUAUAGAAAAUAAUGUUUAAUUUCAAGUUCUUUUCUUCUAGUAAAUUAAAGCCUCUUUAGUCGAA